ACUCUGAUGCUUUGCUCUGUGCCUGACGACACGGGGGCAACGCAGCGCUAAUUGUGCUUUUGCAAAUUAUGGCUGAUCAAUAUAAGGAGUAUUUGGCUGUCAAUGUGCUCAAUGAAGGGAAAAUUGUGAGCUAUCGGACCUUGAGCAGGGCUUUGAAGAUCCACUGCAAUGUGGCCAAACAAAUGCUCUAUGAAUUCCACCGUCAACAGACCGCGAAAAAUACUGCCUCCAUUCAUGCGACCUACCUUGUCAGCGGAGUCCGGAUAUUGCCUCCAAAAGAAUUGAGCAACGGUGCUGUCAAGUCGGAUGGCGAAGAUGCAUUUAUGCAAAGCAGUCCCUUUAUGAGCAGCUCCAUGCCCAACCAGGACGAAGAUGAAAAGUUACGGAUAAGGUCAAUCACGCUGGUUCGUGAAGAAGACCUCGAGGCUUUAAAGUCUCAAUACGAGAAGAUCACUUCAAUUCAUGUCUAUAGUCUAGAGCCUCAUCCAUUAAAGAAUCUGCAUGUGCUUACUGAUUGCAAUCGAGAAAUCUUCGCCCAAUAUGCCGGAGAAGAUCCGCUCGAAGUGGGUAAACAAUAUGGCGUCAUACAGAACCCUAAUGUCAAGCGGAGGACAAUGCGCCGUCCACCUCCUCCACCGGCAGCCUCGAGGCCUGCUCCCGCAAUUCAGUCUCAAUCCAAGAGCAAGCCGCAGACAUCAGGGAGCGCAACACCAAAGGCAACGGAGCAAGACAACAAGAGCCCUGCAGCGGCUACCACAAGUGCACAAUCUUCGCAAAAAUCAGAGAUCGACAAACCGUCAACCAAAAAAUCAACUUCGGCUAAACCAAGCCAGUUACGGAGAGACAAUUCAGAUAUUUUCAAAUCUUUUGCCAAGGCGCAGUCGGGUACCAAACGGAAGGCAACGAAUGAUUCUACGGCGCAAUCACAAGCGUCUUCUGCAAACUCUCCUGCACAAAGCGCGCCUGAAGAUGAACCCAUGAAGGACGCAUCCGAAGACGAACAGGAAGAAGACUUUGCUGUCCGGCCCUCUGAAAACUUCAAUGGCAAGUCAAAAGCUGAGCGGGAGGAGCAAUUAAGAAAGAUGAUGGAAGAAGAUGACGAACCGGAAGGUGAUACUCCGAUGGAAAAUGCAGAUGAUUCCCAGGGAAGCAAACCUACAGAACCAGAAACUGAACCCGAACCCGAACCGGAGCCGGAGCCGGAGCCUGUAAAAGUGCAAACACCAGAACCUGAAGCUACACAAAUCACCGUAUCAAAUGGCCGCAGACGAGGGAAGAGGAGGGUAAUGAAGAAACGCACAAUGAAGGAUGAAGAAGGAUAUUUGGUGACGAGAGAAGAAGCGGUUUGGGAAUCGUUUUCUGAAGACGAGCCAGAGCGGCCCAAAGUCAAAGCGCAACCUCCUCCAAAACCAAAGGGUCCAGUGAAGAAGGGACAGGGUAGCAUCAUGUCAUUCUUUGCAAAGAAACAAUGAUCAGGUUCAAAUUAAGCGUGUAACAAUUCUCCCGGCGCUUGCGGAUAUAAACUCUCUUCAAUUUACCAAUUCCUUGACAAUUUCACUGCGGCC